UCAGUCUGUCCACUACCGACAAAAAGAAUAGUUGCCCGGCAACGUUGCAUAAACGAAAAUGCACUAGAGCUUAUCCAUGUUUCCUUCCCGGAAAGUCUUUUUCCUGCAGUAUGCUGCAGACCAAUGUUAAAAGUUGAUAGUGUGUUCGUUUGUGGCGAUUAAAACAAUGCCUGAAACAUAUGAUUCCGAAAGCAUUUUCUUCGAAAGGAAACUCAGUAACACCAAGUGCAGUGAAAGGUUAAAAAUAUGUAACAGAACCUGUUAAUCAAGAAUUGAGAGAGCGAAGGAAACAACAUCAAGCAAUCAUGGAGCACGCGGACUUGAUACAAGAAAUGCCCCAUAUAGAACAAAUGCCUACUCAAGAAAGACUGAUAUUAGCUAAGAAGAGACGGAAUCAUCAACUUAAGGUUUGGUCACAAAAAGAAAAGGAGUACAGUAAGAAAGCGCAUAAGCCGAAAACGUCCAAUAAGAGAAAUAUAUUUUUUAGCGAAAGUGUUGUACUUCUUGAAGCUGCUUCCAGAAAUGAUAUAGACGAAGUUAGAAGGUUGUUAACGAAAGGUGUUAGUCCGGAUUCCUGCAAUGAAGAUGGUCUUACUGCCUUACACCAAUGCUGUAUAGAUAAUAAUGAAGCAAUGUUGAAUCUUCUAUUGGAAUUUGGUGCGAACGUGAACGCAGAGGAUAGUGAGAAAUGGACACCGCUUCAUGCUGCUGCAACUUGUGGCUUCUUAAGGCUCAUCAAGAUUCUAAUUGACAACGGUGCUAAUCUGCUUGCUGUCAACGCUGACGGUAACAUGCCUUACGACAUCUGCGAGGACAACCAGGCGUUAGAUUGUAUCGAGAUUGAAAUGGAUAGGAGGGGGAUCACUCAGCAGCUCAUCGAUGAGACAAGAGCGUCCACCGAAAGACAGAUGUUGAACGAUCUGGAGAUGAAGGCGACAAAAGCUGAAGAUCUGGAAACUUAUGACAGUCAAGGCGCAACUCCGCUCCAUAUUGCCGCUGCUAACGGGUAUAUCUCUGUGGUCGAGUUUCUUCUGGAACACGGCGUGAGAACAGAUACCAAAGACAAGGACGAUUGGCAACCGGCCCAUGCUGCUGCCUGCUGGGGUCAUCUAGAAGUGAUAGAGCUACUGGCACAAGCUGGAGCAGAUUUGAACGCGAAGAACAAGCACGAUGAGACACCUUUUGAUAUCUGCGAGGAUAUCGAACUGAAAGAGAGGAUAUUGGAGCUGAAGACCGAACAAGAAAUCAAGAGGCAAGCUGAAGCCAAACGGAAAGUGAGGAGAUCCCAGAGCAACACGAGAACGCAAUCUGUGAGGAGAACGUCGUUACGAGAUAAGGGAAUGACUAGUCGAAAGGAUGCUGUCGAAGAAGCCAGACUCAGGCUGGAAGCUGAAAGUCAAAAGGCUCUCGACGCCACUGACGACUCCCAAGUCCAGCCCAAAUUGACGAAGGUCCCAGUGAGCAACAACGUACUAACACUGCCACCCCAACCGAAACUGAAGACAAACAACGAGCAAACGAAACACGAAGGCAAUAUUUAUAACAACGAUCCACCCAAGGACGACAAAUGCUUAGAGUUGGAAAGACGAACUCCCGAAGGAAAAGACAGCGAUUCUCUAUUAGAGAGCCCAUUGUCAGAACCCAACGAAAACUCUUACACCACAGACGUGAACGGAAAAGUUACCGUGCAUGUUGUUGUCACCAUAAACGGCAAUGGUACUCUGGCAGACUUGAAGAAACAGCGGAUGCAGAUAAGGAAUAACAGCGGAGAUGUCAGCAACCUGUCGUCGCCUGUCAACAGCAUACCAGAUAACGAUUCCGCCAUUGGUUCAGCAACAGACGUGGUGAGGUUCACCGGAGAGACCACACAAGAAAAUGUCGGAUACUCAAAGUCAAAACGAUGCUGUGUUAUACAAUAGUUGCGUAUUAUAUUAUCGAAAUUUUAAAUUAAUCGAGAUUGUGAUAUAUGGUAUGGCAACUGGCUUAUUUAUAUCUCAAAGUUCCUGCUUUUUGCCAUAAGCAAUGAAGGAGAAUCAUUUUAAAUUAUUUCUAUAAUCGAAGACCGUUUACUUCAUAUUGGGGCUUUUUUCUCAACUUUCAAUUUUGUCAUGAUAUCAAUUUUGGAAGAAUUCAUCUGAAGAAGCAAUAAUAUUAUGAAUCAGUGGUUAUUCCUUCAACGAUUUUAAGCUCAUCUGCGCUGCUACAAAUUCUUCACCAUCGUGUAUCAUUUUUUUAUUCAUUGUAGAUAAAGCACACUAUGUACAUAUCAUUCGCAAAUUAAUUACGAUUUGUAAAUUUUCCCUUUGCGAUAUAUAAACACACAUUCCAAAUAUUGUGAUAAGUGCUGAAUUGUUUUUAUUGGAUUCUUGGUUAUGUUAUGAAUUCAAGGUAUAAGGUUUUUGUGAAUGAAGAAAAUUCCUCGUGUAUAUACUCAAUAUUUUAUUUCUUCCUGUCGAAAAAGACGUAUCGAGAAAUUUUUAUUUUGUAGUAUUCGGAAUAAGUACUCUUUUUUUCUGUAAAUUAUGAUGAUAGUGCCUGAAAAAAUUUUACUGUUUUCGUAUGUAAUAUCCUUCUUUUCUUCGAAAAAAAAAAUUAAUUUCGAUCAUA